GAGCACAAACAGAGCAUGUUCUUAUUUCCCUUAAGCCUCUCGCAUCACAUGCGCCACAGUUCUUGGACGCUUGUGCAACAGAUAAGGGCUCAAAGCAAAAAACACUGGUAUAACCACACUAAACUGAGCUUUUGCAUCAGCAAAAAUGUUUUUCACAUUGUGAGAGAGGUCACUGUGGAGAGGUUCUCCUGGAGAACGAGUCAGAAUGUACUUCAUAAACUCUCUAAGAGUUUAAUGUGGUUUGAUGGAGUGCUAAGUAACGCUUGCGCUCUCGUCAUCACAGGAAUGGAGGGGCCCAUGGACAUGGAUCGUGGCUUCUUCAGGAAAGUGGACGUUCCCGAUCAUGCACACUACAUAGUGGCUUUUUUCGUGGCGAUCAUCGGGGCUGUGGGAGUGAUCGGGAACCUGCUGGUCAUGUACGCCUUCUUUAGUAACAAAAAGCUACGGACGCCUCCAAACUACUUCAUCAUGAAUCUUGCUGUGAGUGACUUUCUCAUGGCCAUCACUCAGUCGCCAAUCUUCUUCGUCAACUGCAUGUACAAGGAAUGGGUGUUCGGUGAAAUGGGCUGUAAGAUGUACGCCUUCUGUGGAGCUCUGUUCGGGAUCACAUCCAUGAUCAACCUUUUGGCCAUUUCCAUCGACCGCUACAUCGUGAUCACCAAACCCCUGCAGGCCAUCCGCUGGACGUCCGGACGGCGGACGCUAAUUAUCAUCCUCCUGGUCUGGAUCUACUCUCUGUCCUGGAGUCUUGCACCUCUUUUGGGAUGGAGUUCCUAUAUCCCAGAAGGCCUCAUGACAUCCUGCACUUGGGACUAUGUGACAUCCACUCCAGCAAACAAGAGCUACACCUUGAUGCUCUGCUGCUUCGUGUUCUUCAUCCCUCUUGGAAUCAUUUCUUACUGCUACUUCUUCAUGUUCCUCGCCAUUCGUAAUGCAAGCAGAGAUCUGGAGAAGAUGGGAAGCCAUGUGAGGAAGACCACCCUCAUCCAACAGCAGUCCAUAAAGACAGAGUGGAAGCUGGCGAAGAUCGCGUUUGUGGUCAUCAUUGUGUUUGUGCUGUCCUGGUCUCCUUACGCCUGCGUCACUCUCAUCGCCUGGGCAGGAUACAGCCAUGUUCUUUCUCCGUAUUCUAAGGCAGUUCCUGCAGUAAUUGCCAAAGCAUCAGCCAUAUACAAUCCCUUCAUCUACGCCAUCAUACGCUCCAAAUACAGAGACACUCUGGCAGAGAAGGUGCCGUGUCUGCAUUUUCUAGCCCAGUCUUCACGUAAAGACUGCAUCUCGGUGUCAAACAGCGAGUCUUCCUUCAAGGAGCACAUGCUCAGCCGACAGUCAUCAGGGUCAAAGGCCAAGUUUCAGCGAAUCUCCUCUAUGUCCGCUUCAGACACAGUCUGGAGUGAUGUAGAAUUAGAUCCUGUGGAGCAAAAGAGCCAGAUCCUCAGAAACUCACAGUCGGCAAAUCUGCUGAGAGAUGAAGGACGGAAGCCGCAAACGAAACAAGGCAAGACGAAGAACAAGGGCCGAGGAGAGGAAGAGCGCAGUGAAGAGAAGCCUGCAGUCACAGAGAGCGGCUCUUUGAUCGAUUGUGGCCUUGACCUGGUGUCCGAGUCCAUCAACAUGGCCACUGUCCCGCUUCUCAUGGCCAAAAACACUCCAGGAGGGGAACAAGAGGAAGAAGAGGAGUGCAAUGAGGAACAGGAAGACAGCAAUUCUAUGAGCCUCCUGAGCAACGGUCUGGCUUUUUACGAAGACACGGAGGAGCCACAAAUCAUAAUCACCCCCACAUCAGAGGAGCAGCAAACGACGCAGAGCAGAGAAGACAAAUUAAUACUGGACCUCAAAAGCCUGAACUGCUCCAGCGAGCUUCUGGAGUCUGUGGAGAAAUUCCUCUCCUGAGGC